UUUACCAACCCUAAGUCCGACAACAACAAAAAAUGACAAGUGUGUUUCUAAAUUGAUAACUGGCAUAAACUAUUAAAGUAAAUAACAAUGCAAAAAAAUAGCACAUGCUAAAUGCACCCCGCCUUCUGACAAGUCAGUACUAUGAAUUAGUGUCGUUGUUUUAAUGUGUGUUGUCUUCGUAUCCCAAUAAGAACGCCCUGCGAAAAGCAGCCAUCUUAUUCGCGUGUUGCAAACACUAACAAAUAUACUUGAUAAUAUCGAAAUAAUACAAAUUCAAUUUAAUGGUAACAAACUGAUAUAUUUAUCUUCUGACAUACUUAAAGACAUAAUAUGUGCACUAAGUCUAAUCUAUUGCAAAUAAAAAAAAUAUAACUUUGCUUUGCGUCUGCGUCUAUUGUGAACGGACAUUUUCUCGGUCACGUACGCCGUGUUUUGUGUUGUUGUUGCGGUGCUCGGGCUCUGCUGCAGCCAGCCGCAGCAGCAGCAGUUGUUGCAAAAAUAAUCAAGAAAAAAAAGUGCAAAUACACUCAAUAAGUGGAAUUAGCCAUGUAAACCAGAUAAAAAAGGCUAAAGGAAAACCAGCGCAAAGUGACAAGAGAUAGUUACCAUACGCAACGUACAGGAAGAAGUUCCAGGAUCGAUUGAAUCCCCCCACGAAACGAUACACAAGCUAAAUAGAAAUACUUGAAAACUCUUAAUGAAAAUGUCUGAUAUACCACGCAUAAUGGUCUUUCGACCUACUUGGGAGGAAUUCAAAGAUUUCCCCAAAUACAUAGCCUACAUGGAAUCUCAGGGCGCACACAAGGCCGGACUGGCCAAAGUGGUGCCGCCCGUGGAAUGGGUGCCCAGGCGUAGUGGUUAUGCUGAUCUCGAUGCCCUUAAUGUAACAAUACCGGCGCCAAUUUGUCAAGUGGUUACCGGAAAACAGGGCUACUAUCAACAAAUCAAUAUACAAAAGAAACCACUGACAGUUAAACAAUUUAGCGAAUUGGCCAGCACUGAACGCUAUGCCACACCCAAGCAUUUCGACUAUGAAGAUCUCGAGAGGAAGUAUUGGAAGAAUAUCACAUAUGUUGCCCCCAUUUAUGGGGCUGAUGUUAGCGGCAGUAUCACCGAUCCUGAUCAGGAUAGUUGGAAUAUCAAUCGUUUGGGCACCAUACUGGAUUUUGUCAACAAAGACUAUAAUAUACAAAUAGAUGGAGUAAAUACAGCGUAUUUGUAUUUCGGUAUGUGGAAAACCACAUUCGCUUGGCACACCGAGGAUAUGGAUUUGUAUUCGAUAAACUAUUUGCAUUUCGGUGCACCAAAAACGUGGUAUGUGGUGCCACCGGAAUAUGGUCGUAAAUUGGAGAAGGUUGCAAAUCAGUAUUUUCCGGCCAGUUAUAAGAAUUGUAAUGCAUAUUUGCGGCAUAAGAUGACGCUAAUAUCGCCACAGAUACUCAAGCAGAACGAUGUGCCGGUUAGCAAGAUCACACAGGAGUCGGGCGAGAUAAUGAUAACCUUCCCAUUUGGUUAUCAUGCUGGCUUCAAUCAUGGCUUCAACUGUGCCGAAUCCACAAAUUUUGCCAUGGAACGCUGGAUUGAGUACGGCAAGCGUGCAACGCAAUGUACCUGCAGCAAUGACAUGGUUAAAAUCUCGAUGGAUACAUUUGUGAAGCGUUUCCAAAGCGAACGCUAUGAGACAUGGCUAGAGGGUCGUGAUUUGGGACGACAUCCCGAGGAUCAGUCGAAUAGUGUAAUGACAGCGGCUCCCCUACCACCGCAUCUAGAUGUUACGAUAAGUGAUAAAAAAAUGAAGAAGCAAUGCAAUCCAACAAAGGCCAAAAGCUUCAAAGAGCGCAAUCCCGAUUUGGAUUUGGAUGAAAUCCAACAGAAUCCCAAUGUGCCCGAUGAUGUGAAGGCCAUGCUAAAGGAGAGCGUUUUAACUCUCAAUGACGACGAGGCCGAAUAUGUUAAUGAAGAGGAGGCCAUGAGUUUGCAAAGUCCAGCAGACUUUAAGACCAAACAAGAGUUGCUGGAGUACAUGGAUGAUGGCACAGACGAUGACGAUGAGGAGGAGGACUUUAAGCGACGUAAACACAAGCGUCGAUAUGAUGCCGACUACGAUGAUGAUUGGAUGGCGGCCACCAAACGUAGAUCAAAUUCUAGUCGUAAUGGCAGUCGUGGUCGUAGUCCACGCAUCAAAGAUGAUCGUUCAAUAUCACCAGCAUCCUCCACAUCAUCAACAUCCCGUGGCGGGCGAGGACGUGGCAAUAAAUCAAACACUGCCACGCCCCGCAAAACGCCCACUAAACGAAAAAAGGAUAGUCAAACGGCAACAUCCACGUCCACAACCACAAUCACCAGCCCAUCAGGAGUAACCACAGCAGCUGGCAGUGAAGUUGUAGCCGGAGAUGCCAAAAAGGAUCAUCAGGCGCUGCAAUUUAUGCAACAAUCGCGUAAAUUUGAAGGCAAAAUACCAAAACUAAGUCAACAAGUCAACAACAACAACAGUCCAAGACCAACAACACCCACUGCAUCAGCAACAUCCACCACCACAAUCCCAACAUCUUCUAGUCAGCAACAAAUUGUCUAUAUCAACAUGUUGCCAGCAGCCAAUACACUUAACGGCAUUCCACAGCAGCAGCAGCAGCAGCCGCAGCCCCAAUAUACCACCACAAAUACAACCAGCACGGAUGGCAAUGUCUAUCAGUUGCAAAACGAAAUACUCUGUGAUGGUCAACAACAGCAGCAGCAGGCUGGAGGUGCAACAGUUGCUGCAGUUACAUAUCAAACGGCCAAUAGUCCACAGCAACAGCAAAAUGUUGCUGGCAGUGUGGCCAAUGUUGCCGACAAUGUGGUCAAAACUAUUAGUUCGUCCUCCAUCCUGCAUACCAACGGAGGAGUGGAUCAGAGCCAACACCAGCAGCAGCAGCAGCAACAGGCACAGCCACAAUAUCAUUACAUCACCACAGCCGGCGAAGAUGGCCAGACGCCAACGACUAUAGUUUUUGAGAACUACAAUGGCACAACAUUGCCCGCCACAGUGGUAAGUUCGGCUGCCACAGUCACUGCCACGCCAACUACAGUGCCAACGACAACAACAACGACAACAGCUCUUGUCAAUACCGAUGGAACGAUCAUCGAGUUCGAUGGAAAUACGUAUGAGGAAUAUCAUGUACUUAAAAGUGAACCCGGCAGUAGUGAUUGUCUGAGUAAUGGCAGCAGUAAUGUGGCUGGGGAUAUUAUCAAGUACGAACCACAGCAUGUGGUCGAAGAGGAGCAGGAGGAUGAUGACGAAGGCGGCGAUGAAGGUGCCGGCCUGCAAGUUAAAUACGAAGAGCAAAGUCUCGACAACGAUCAAUAUGAAGAGUAUCAGGUGAUCAAGGCUGAAGUGGAGGCUGAAGCAGCCGAACAGGCCGCCGGUACAAUAAGUUAUACCAUCAGCCACAUGACCGAAGAAGUGGCCAGCAAUGGGGCGCCACAAGUACUCCCGAAAACGGGAGUUACAUCUGCCGCCAAACAGAAGAGAAAGCGCAAAACACGGGUCAUUGCCGAGGACGAGCAGGGCGAAUAUCUGGAGAAGAUGAGUGUGCGUGGUCUAGACAUAGCCCGCUAUGAACACAUAAUCGAUGGUGUGGCCUAUUGCCUGGUUUGUGCCAAGAAUGACAUAUUCAAGACAUUCAAGAACAAGUACAGCUUCCAGAGGCAUGCCUAUCUCUUUCACGAGGGUCAGAAUCGCAAGAUAUUCGCCUGCCCCAUAUGCAAUAAGGAGUUUUCGCGUCCGGAUAAAAUGAAGAUGCACAAAAAAGACAAACAUGGUGAUGUUCCGAUGCCGGCAUCAGCGAAUUCAACGCCACUGAAAUCGGAUGCAGCGGCAGGAGCGGGUGGACCAGCUGCCAAACGAGCGAGAACCUCAAGAACUCCAAGAGUUCGCAAAUCAAAGGCAGCUGCUGAUGGAUCAACACCGUCGAGUACACCAACCAAGAAGCGUCUGGCUCAAAUUGACAGUGUUCUGGAUGAAGUGCAAAAUGGGGAAAUUGGCCAAAAUAUACAACAACAACAGAUUCCUCAAACAAUGUCAGUGCCCCAACAGCCUCAACCGCAAUCGCAACCCCAACCUCAAUCUCAAGCUCAACCUCAACAACUACAGACACUACCCUCGCUGGACUUUAGUGGCAUGAUUUUGCCUGGCGGAGCCCAAUUGGCGUUGGCCAAUCCGGGUGCAACGAGUUCCAUGGCAGCGUUACAACGUGGAGCUCUAACACCCAACGGUGGUCAGGCCACAGCAGCUCCCACCACAACGUUAAUCUAUUCCAAUCAACUGGAAUUGCAACAGGCGCUAUUACAACAACAACUUCAUGGCCAAAGCAUUAUGAUACAGGAUCAGGCUGGUAAUCUAGUGCCAUUGCAGCUAGAUGGAACGCAGACAAUAUACACGACGGCCGCACCGGCUGCCCCGCCGCCUCAGGUUGCAGUCGCGCAACGUGCACAGCCAGCCACAUAUCAACAGCAGCCCCAGCAACAACAACAACAGCAGCAGCAGCAACUGGUACAACAACAACAAACUCUCAAGGUGUCGUCUAGUCAGGGCCAAACGGUGCAAUCUCAACCACAUUACGAACUGGACUCAAAUGUGACGUAUUUAAGUUCAACAUCAGCUGCCACGCCCACAAGUGCCGAACAUCAGUCACACCAUCAACAACAACAACAGCAGCAGCAACAUCCGCACCAACAACAACAUGUUAUUGGCACAGUGCAAAGCUAUCAGAUCCUUACACCAGAUGGCCUCCAAAGUUUCCAGCCCAAGCUAGAGGCCUCGGAAUUGGGUGAUUUGUGUCCCUAUUCGCAAUACACGUUCACCACACAUGCCAGCGCUCAGCCAACUUUGAAUGCCAAUGCUUUGGAUGCCCACCAGAGUCAACAUCAACAGCAACAGCAACAACAACAACAGCAGCAGCAGCAUCAUCAUCAACAACAACAGCAGCAACAUACGCAUUUACUGCAACAACAGCAAUUCACCACACAUAAUCCGCAUCAGCAAUUCAUGGAGCUUAAGAAUGAGCUGCUCAUCAAAAGUACCGCCGAUGCCUAUACCUUGGAUGCCAGUUCAAUGUAUCACCUGCCCUUCUCGCCCACUUCAAUGAUAAAUGCGGUAAACGAUGUCAAUACCUCAUCGCUGCUGGAGACCAAAGAAAUUAGCAGCAGCAACAACAACAACAACAACAGCAGCAGCAACAACAACGCCAAUUCUUCUGUGAUAAACAGCAGCACCAUAAACGCCACUACUAAUGGCCUCAAACCUUCCAAUGCUAAGAAGACACCAGUUAUACUAUUAGCAGCCAAUCGAGGAGCGGCUAAAAAGCAGCAGCAACAACAACAGCUCAAUCUCAUCAAUGGCAAUGGCAAUGGCAAUGUUGUCAAGGCUGCAUCAUCAGGUGGAGUGACUUUGGUGCGUGUGAAUCGUCAGCAACCACAGCAAUUAUUACAGCAGGCAGAGCAAGAACAGGAACUUCUGGAGGAGGAAACCGAACUUGUUGGCGAUUUAGAUGAAGAUGCCGCCGCAUUAUGCUCCUUAUCUUCAUCAACUGCCCAAAUUUUGCGUAAAUUUCGCAUACCAAAGGGAACGGCCCUUACGGCCAUGCCCACACCGACACCUUCGCCGCCCUCUGCUGGUGCCCAAAUGUCGUCAACACCAGCCGACAUGGAGGCAGAUACCUAUGGGGAGGAGGAUGAUAUUAUCGAAGAGCUCAACGAAGAUGAUCUAGUCGAGGAGAUAAUUGAGGAAGAGCACGAGGAGCUGAACGAAUCAUUAGAAAUGCCAGAAAAUGCCAACGAUGGACUGGAUUUGAGUAGUCCCCAAGCCGGCAACAAUUCCAUCGCAUUGAUGUUGCAACCGCAGGCUCAUCCAGUGCCGCCGACCCUGUCAGCGCCGACCUUGUCCGGACCGCCGCCAUUGCAAUUGCAAACGGUGGCCUCCAAUGGUACAGUGACCUGCUUCAAUUUGCCUCCAAAUACAAUAUUAUUGCAAUCGGCUGACGGUAGUAUUAUAGCUGCAACCCAAGUACCCCAUCCCAACAAGGCAGGACAACAGCAAUUGAUAGCCCUGCCCGAUUGGCCGGGUAAUGUGGCGGCUUUGGCUGAGCCUUCGCCAACACCAACACCGACGGCUACCACAACAACAACUACGGCUGCUCCACCUACACAAACUCUAUUGCUGACAGCCGAUGGUACGGCAAUACCCAUUUUGGCAACGGCACCACACCAGCAGCAGCAACAACAGGCGGCAGCUGCUGCUGCUGCUCAAUUGUUUGCCGCGUAGGGUCUAAUCGGUGGCCAAAUGGGUCGAUUUUUGAAUAGUGCCACCAUAAUGCCGACCACCUAUUUCUUUUAAGAAUCCAAAAUGUUGCUCAUAAAGCAAAGCUUGUACAAUGUGUAUAUUUUAGCUUUGUCUUGUCGGCAACAAAUAAUCCAAUCUUCCCAUUUGAAUUAUCAGCACAGCAAGAUAAAAGAAAAUCGACUCAUUUGGCCGACCAACUAGAGGGUAAAAACAAAAAAAAAAACAAAAACAAUAAAACUAAUAAUUUAGCCAUAGAGAAAGAAGCCAAGCUAAAAACAAAAUAUUGAUAUUAUGAGUGCUUCAAUGUUGGUAUGCAAAAAGAAUAAAGAAGAAAAAGAAUUAUUUUUUAUAUGUAAAAAUCGAAAAUGCCUAUAAAACUUUAACGAGAAAAGCAAAUCAAAUGUUGUUCAACACCCACACACACACACACACUAAAUAUAGUGUGUAAUGAGUGUUGUUGAUGAAUCAAAAAUGUAUGUGUUUAUACAAUACAUUUAAAGGCAUUAUUAAUAAGAUAAUAUAUGGUAUAAGCAAACUAAUCAUAGUUAGAGUUAAGACCUUCAAGAGAGAGACACCCAAAAACCAGUUGUAACUAUAAAAAUGCAUAUUAACUAUAUAUACAUAUAUAUAUAGUUCAUUGGUCAGCCCAACAGAUAAAUAUGCUUAGAAUAAUUUAAAACUUUCAAUUGAAAGUAAACUACUCUGUACUAUUUAGUUAUUCUGAUUAAUUGAUCACUACUAAGUAUAUAACUAACUAUAUAUACAUAUAUGUAUCUAUGUGCAUAUAUAUUUUAUGUAUAUGUAUAUAUAAUUUGUUCCUUUCGCAAACUAAUUAACGUAUUUCAAGUGUUAAGUUCCCUUAAGUUCUCAAUAUUUUUAUUUAUUUAUUUCUAUCUGUCUAUUUAUCGUACUAAAUCCUAUCUGUUAAUCUCUUUGUUCCCUGAACUUCCCCUAUACUUGAUUUUUAAACAUGUUGUAUAUUAUUUAUAUAUUUAUCUCUAUAUCUCUAUAUAUAUUUAUAUAUUAACAUAUAUAUUAUCUUCAAUUUUGUUAUGCCAUAUGCAUUAGUUGGUUGCUAAACUAAAAAAUAUUGGAAGCAUAGCACUGAACUAAGUUGUUAUUUUAAGAAACAUUUAUGUAUAGGACUAAAGUAUUUUUUCAUACCACCCCCCAAAAAACUAAGAAAUUUAAUUAAAAUGGAAGACAAUGAUUCAAAAACUUAAAUCUAAACUUAAGUUAUAAAAAAAAGAAUAUAUAUAUAUAUAUAAAAGUGAAUCAGCACUUUUCUUGUAAGAUAAAACAAAACCUUUGUAAGUUCUAAGUUCUAAAGCAUAAACGAAACAAACAAGCAACAUAAUUUAGUAUACAUUAUGUAUAAAAAGAAACCAAAAGUCUAUACUAUAUAAUAUAUAUAUAUAUAUAUUUAUUAUAAACAAUAAAAUACAAUUUUAAAAAUUCAAA